AUGAAAUUUUGGAAACUCUCAUUCUUCUUAGCCUCGUGCUUCCUGAUACGGAUAUCAACGCAAUCAGGAGCUAACAGAAGAAGGAAGAAUGAUCAGAGAUUAUGUCCACAUUUAUAUGAAACCAAGUAUUGUGAUAAGACAGAGUGUGAAGCGGAGAAGCAGGCCAAUUACGAACAGACGACCACAACUACACAACAGCCACUUCCUGUCGAGAUUGGUAGAGAUCAGUAUGGAAGGGAUCCGAUUCUGGCAACUACUGCAGAAUCUACAAAUGAUUUGGUAGAGAGACAAAUGAAAAAGAUGGGGUUUGGAAGAGAUGCCGAUGUUAGAACGCAAGCAGCCAUGAAACGAAAAUUCGUCAGCGAAACCGAGCAACUUUUUAAACUGGACGACGCCAUAAACCGUCGUUAUGGUCCUCAACCCUCCGAUAAUCUGGUCAAUACAAACACUCCAAUUAUUGAUAUCUCAACACAACAACUAACAAACAAGCAAUGGCGAGAUGACAUCGCUAACAAAUGGAUUUCUGCCGCCGUGGUUUCCUCUACACCAACACCUUCUUAUCGAGAACAUCUUCAAUCUUUCGGACGUGCUGGGGGCCUUCCAAUAUACACACCAUCUACCGAGCGCGGUUUAAGAAGUCGCCGACCAUCCAAUGACCACUCUGUGAGCAACUUGCUCAGAAGAAUCGAGCAGGCACUGGAUACCAAUCAACCAUUAGAUGAAAAAUACAUUAAGAGUGCCAUGAAGAGAAAUAGGAAACUUUCCAAGCUACUUGUGGAUGCUUAUCGGCAGAGACAGGCGUUAAUAAAUUCUGGAGCUUUGAGCUCAUCUAGUGUUACAUUGCCAAAUGUGAUUUCUCCAUAUCCGCCAAGUUCCACAACUACAGAAGUGCCAGCAUUUGUCACAGAGGAGAGAAUAGCCACCAGAAAUUAUCAUGAUACUACUAAAAUGCCAUCUACUGCAACCAGAACCACGACAACGAUUGCUCCAGAGACCACCACUACCCAAGAACUCCCAACCGCUUCACACGGCUUGGAAGAUUUCGCAACGACACCUGAUUUCUAUGAAACACAUUCUACAACAACUAGUCCUCUGCUAUACUGGCCAAAAACUGGAGGAUAUGUUCCAAACACAAGGAAACACGCUUCAGAAAUUACUGCUCAACUUUAUAUGACCAACGAAAUUGUUCAAACAUUGGCUGAUGAUCCAAUCCCGCUAGAUACCAAUCCUGAGUGUGAGGUCAACAAGCGUUGCUGCAAAAUUAUCAAGAAUACUUGCUCGGAUGGUGUCGACCCCAAGUUUGUGAAGAGAUGGUACCGCCCGAAGGGAUCAUCUGUAUGUGUCGCUUAUCACUAUCCUCGCUGCUCUUCAAUGGAAGAAAUGGAAGAACUUCCAAUUCUCUUUGAACAAAAUUGCCAAGAUCUGUGUUUUUCGCAACGCGAAAAACGAAUCGCACCACUGUUCAAUUUGGAGGCCGAGGACGAUUAA